AUGCAAAGAGCUUUAGCUACCGCAGACUCAUCAAAUGAGUCAAAACAUUUCUAUGAGCUCCAAGAAAAAACCAUCCAACGACAUUGGAUGCAAAUUGAGGACAUCCAUAACUCAAUUUGGGAAUGCUCAGAAGACCCAAAGAGCAUCGGCUACGACUCAGCCAGAUACAUAAGUUUGGAGCAAGAGGUACAGAGUGCCUUAAUCAAGCUUGCACAACAGCAAGACACUUUGGUAGAUCAAAGAACAACAAAUAAUACGGUUACAAAAAUGAGUCUGCCAAAAAUUGUUCUACCUAAAGUCGAUGGGGAUUAUUUAAAAUGGUCUCAAUUUCAUGACCUUUUCAAUGAAAUGGUAGACAAGCGAUCAAUGUCUAACUGUGAAAAAAUGUUCUAUCUUAAAACAAAUUUAACUGGAGAAGCUGAACGCGUAAUCAGACAUGUGGGUCUCUCUGAUGACAACUACAUGUCAGCAUGGAAGUUACUCCAAGAACGGUACAACAACCCCAGACUGCAGGUGUCCGCUCUCCUCAACCGACUACUAUCACAAUCAAGUCACUCCUCAGAAUCGGCGUCGGCUUCAGCAGUAAAAGGUCUACAUGACACAAUUCAAGAGUGUAUGCAUGGUCUUCGCAAUCUUGGGAUAGAAAUUGAUACUUGGGUCCCAAUGCUUCUUCACAUACUUACGAAGAAGCUAGACAGAUCAACUCUUACACUAUAUGAGCAAUCUUUGAGCAAUCCUAAAGAUGUACAAACAAUGAAAAAUUUUCUGAGAUUCUUAGAAACUCGUUUUCAGUCAUCAGAAGCAAUUGGGGUUAAAGGCCUUAAGAGAGAAGAUACCGAAAGAAGACAAAAUAUGAGUUACAACAAAGCAACAACCUCUAUUACCACGCAAAAGAAAAGUUGCUCAAUGUGUAAAGCUCAGCAUCCGUUAUUCGCGUGCCGCACUUUUUUAAACAUUACACCUUCAGACAGGCUAAGUCACGUAAGAAAAAACAAUCUAUGUGUCAACUGUCUCCAAUCUGGACACACCUCUUACAACUGCCAGCUACGAGGUUGUGUAAAGUGUUCAAAAAAACACAACUCGUUGGUCCACUUGUCAACAGUAGCUCAACCAAAAUUGGGUCCCUCAACAUCAAAUUCUGACAAUCAGCAAAUUCUCUUGACGUCAAAACCAGAAACAGAUAAUAUAUCUGGGAGUGAAAACUCGGUUUUAGCAGCCUUAAGCAAAAACAAGAAGAAUGGCUACGUGUUUCUGAGUACAGUCAUCAUCAAGUUAGCUGGCCAAGACGGUUCUUCUAUUAACUGCCGUGCAAUUUUGGAUUCUGGUUCACAAAUCAACAUUAUAUCAGAACGAAUGAUUCGGAAACUAAAUAUUCCGUUAUCUUUUCGCCCCAUGAUCAUUCAAGGGGUCGGAAAAUCCACAAAAGAUUCACAACGUAGAGCAAAUAUAAGUUUGCAUUCUACUACUACUAACUUCACCACCAGACUGGAAGCAGUCGUGUUGCAUCAAAUAGUCGCUCCUCAGCCCACAAAAGCAUUUGAGAUAACUGCGUGGAACAUUCCCGACAACAUAAAAUUAGCCGACCCCCAUUUCCAUCAGCCAGGUCACAUUGACCUGCUUAUAGGAGCUGAGUUUUUCCACCAACUGCUCUGUGUUGGGCACAUUAAGUUAGGAAGAAAUCUUCCACUAUUACAAAAUACGUUAUUAGGGUGGAUUGUCACUGGCAAGGUUAAUGAAGAGUCGCCAAUAACCAGCACAUGCGGAAUAUACACGGCCGAAGAAGCAUCUCUUGAACAAUCCAUUAGCAAAUUUUGGAAGUUAGAAGAAUUACCUUACUCCACAUCAAAACGUACCAUUGCAGAAGACAGAUGUGAAGAAUAUUUUAACCGAUCAACUUCAAGAGAUACGGCUGGAAUGUUCGUUGUCAACCUACCAUUUGCAGACACCACAGAGAAACUAGGAGCGUCUAGUGAUAUAGCAUUGAGCCGAUUCCAUGAAUUGGAGCAUAAGUUAAAACGAAACCAAGUAUUAUACGAUUAA